GCAUUUCCUGCAAGGGCAUCGAUCACUGGGACCGCGGAAAGACAGAGGCAUGUGAGCUCACUGCUACGGAUGCUGGCAAGCGAAUUGCCGGCGCAGCCCUGCCAUCAACCUUCAGCGUGCGCUAUGCUAAUGGUCCACUCUUUGAGAUUCUUGACUCCUGCGUGGAGUCCUUUGUGGAUUUCCAAUCGCAGCUUCGAGGGAAGCGCGGCACCUACCCGCCACUGAUGAAAGGCUCUCCGGCGCUACUGGGUGGCCCUUUGGGCAAAGGUCGGGUGCUUCUUGUGUCACCUCACAUCGAAGGCACCCCGGCGCUGGGCAACUGCUUCCGCAGCUUCGUGCGCUGGACGGCCGAAAGCGAAUGUCGACUUGCGGAGGAGGUUGCGGAGGAGGCUCGAGACGUCCAGGAGGCACCGGCCGCCGCCACCUGCACAGUUCGUGUCAACUCGGUGACUGACAAGCAGCCGGAGCUGGGGAUGGCGCAGGUGGAGGUGGGGGCAGACCAGAAGCCCACCGAGGCCGAGAUUGUGAAGAUCUUUCAGAAGUUUGAUCUCAACCAGGAUGGCUUGCUGGAUGUUUCAGAAUUGGAGAUCUUGCUCAGCAGCUUGGGUGAGGAGGACCUUGGCCUUGGGGACCUGGUUGCGAAGAUGAAGCUGCAAGAGAGCAAAGGGAUUCCUUAUGAGGAGCUAGUUGCUUGGGUCUUCGGGGCUCCCUGUUCCUUCGACCGUCCCGACGUAGAAACAGACGGAGAGGAAGAUGCCAUCAUGGAUAAGAUUUCCAUGAUCCGGAUGCAAUGCUUGGCCCAAUUCCGCAGCGUCGGCGAGACUGAGAUGCCUGGAACCACGGAACCCGGACCUCCACAGCUCACCAGGACCUGCAGCGACGGGUGCACCGGAAAGCAGCAGGUCGUGUCGAACGAGCGGCUGGAGGCAUCUGUGGUUGCUAUCCAGCGGGCGGCGCGAGCGCGUGCCAUGAGCAAGGGUGCCGAUGAAAUCGUGGGUGCCAUGACUUCCACUGAGGAGGCCAAACCUGAGGCUCCUGAAGCCAAGGCAAAGCCCAAGGUGGCUCCCAAACCUGCUUCAAAGGCUCCCCCUCCCAAAGCUUCGCCCCCUCCACCCUCGGGACCCAUUCUGAAGCGCGGUGGCCUCGACUACAUCUGCUGCCUUGAGGGGCCUGUGUUGAUCACUGCACCGCACUCGACCAAGAUCGUUCGCGGAGGUGGAGAGACGCAGGAGCGAACACGCAACCACAAGCGUGAGCGCUGGACUGCAGAGAUGCUUGGCUUUGCUAAGACUGGCCUUCGAUGA